UUUAAUAGAAAAUUGUUUAGUGUUUUUUAGUUAUUAAAUAUUUUUAAUUAAUUAUACUAAUAAGUAUAAUUAAGCAAUACAAGAAUAAUUAGCUAAUAAUUGAGAACAAAUCAAUUCCAAUCGAAAGUUCAGUGAACUUAAUCAUGUGAUGAAGGUCAUGGAGAUCUCAUCCAGAACGAGAAUUUUAUGGGAACGGAAAUGAGUGUGAGAAAGUGUGUAAACAAUUAAGUAGGAAAUUAAUAUACUAAAGGGUGGAUAAGAAUUUUUAAAUAGUGAUUUGAUGAUAAUCAAGGGUAGGUGUAUUGUUAAAAGAAGUUGAGUGAGUGAUGCAAAUUAAAUAAAAGGGCAUUAGAUGCCUCAUUAUUUAACGUCUUGAAGCAGAACCGCAGAUGCUAUUGUAAUAAAAAAAAGAACCGUAAGAGGUUAAUCCAGCAUAAGAGUAGUGGUUUAACGGUGCCUCCAACUCACUGACGUUAAAAGUUGACUUGCAUUUGCACCUCAUUGACCGCUGCUUUUAAUACACAUGGAGAAGAAGAAUAUUCAUUGAUCAGUAAAAUGAAAGCAGAAAGAAGCAGAAAAGAAGAAGUGAAGAUACUAAAAAUUGGCGAGAUAAAGUCCAAAUUCAAAGAUGAAGAGGACACUAAAUUCGAACGGUGACAAAUCGCGGGAUGCUUAGACAUCGUGGCAUAAGAAGUGCCAUUUUCGGCCUCUUUCUGGGCUUUUUACUUGGUAUUUUUAUGUCUAAUUAUCGUGACAUUAAUAGUCCAACUUCACAACAUGUUCUCCAACGACCAUCUCCAACCAAAUGGUCUCCACUUAUCCAAAACCUCAAUACCAACAUUUCGUCGUCAAGUCUUGCCUUCGUUGGAGUUAUGACUGCUCAAAAGUACUUGGAUUCAAGAGCUAAAGCUGUUUGGGAAACUUGGGGCAAACAAGUUCCAGGAAAAAUGGCUUUUUUUUCAUCGGAAUAUUCACAAGUACCAGAAAAUUGUCCAGAUUUACCUCUCGUUGCUUUGCCAACUGUAGACGAUGGAUAUCCACCGCAAAAAAAAUCCUUCUUGAUGCUCCAAUUCAUGUGGAACAAUUUUGCAGAUAAAUUUGAGUGGUUUAUCAGAGCUGAUGAUGAUGUUUACAUAAGAACUGACAAAUUAGAGAAGUUACUGAGGUCCAUUGAUUCAAGUAAGCCGAUGUAUAUAGGUCAAGCUGGAAGAGGAAACUCUGAAGAGAUAGGACAGCUGUCUCUAAAUUAUGAUGAAAAUUUUUGCAUGGGUGGACCUGGUGUUAUUAUAUCCAGAGAAACGAUGAGGCGAAUUAUUCCACACAUAAAAGAAUGUUUGAAGAAUUUGUAUACCACUCACGAAGAUGUUGAAUUGGGCAGAUGUGUUAGAAAGUAUGCUGGUAUUUCAUGUACUUGGAGUUAUGAGAUGCAAUCAAUUCUCUAUCAUAAUAGUAGUGGAGAUCAAUCAUUCACUGGGAACUUAAAAAGAAGAGAAGUUCAUCAAGCAAUCACAUUGCAUCCAAUCAAAAAUCCUCCACACAUGUACAGGCUUCAUAAUUAUAUGCGGGGUUUGAAAAUUCAAGAUUUACAGCAAGAAAGAGUAUCACUUUAUCAAGAUAUUUAUUCAACUGCCAAUUUAUUGGGUAAAGAUGUCGACGAAUUUAUAAGACAACCAUUAGCUAGAGAUGUAGAGCUUUUUCCGCAUGAUUUAGAUGCAGAGGAUUACUUAAAUAAUGUAGAAAUUCUGGGUUUACCAGAUGGUCUAAAGAGCUUUAAACCUCGAUCAGCUCAAGAAGUAAUACCAUGGGAUUUUAUUUCUAAGUCAGAGUACAGUCUCGUUGAUUCAAAUCCUCGAAGAAGAAUUUACAGUCAUGUUAAAGAAGGCCUGGAGGACAUCACGAGAGAAGUUAUGGCUUCAAUAAAUUCAUGUUCAAGGCAACGAGGUCGAGUUGUUGAAGAAAGAUCCACGCUUUAUGGAUACAGAAGAGUUGAUGCUUUUGGAGCAGACACAGUUUUAGAUUUACUUUUAGUCUACCGAAAAUAUCGAGGCCGAAAGGUUACCCUUCCAGUUAGAAGACAUGUUUAUGUUCAUCAAUGUUUCACAGGAGUGGAAGUAAGAGAAGUAGUGAACGAUGUGGAAGUCAAUCGUAAAGAUCGAGAAUCUCAAAAACCAUCAAACAGUAUAUUUUCCAGAAACUUCUUGUUCAAUUACCCCGACAUAGACCAACAAGAUCCAGUCGAGGAUAAAAUAAUUCAUUUCAUUGUCCCAUUAUUCGGAAAGUUCGUAGCAUUUGAGAGAUUUAUGAAUAAUUAUGAACAAAUAUGUUUACGUUCAAAAGCUAAGACUGAACUUAUUAUAGUUUUAUAUCCUCAUCAAACUGAGAAUUCAUUUGACAAUACGAAGCAACUAUUAAGUAAUAUUAAGAAGAAAUAUUUAUCUGCUAAAAUAGAUAUAAUUGAUGGCUCUGGUAAUUUUUCUCGAGCAAGAGCGUUGGAUUUAGCUGUUUCUUAUGCAAACAUGGCAGACUUAUUAUUUUUUAUUGAUGUAGAUAUAACUUUUACAGCUGAAGCGCUAGAUAGAAUUCGUUUGAACACAAUUAUUGACAGAAAAGUUUACUUUCCAAUAGUUUUUAGUCAAUACGAUCCACAAAUGGUUUAUAAAAAUUCCGAAAAUCAUGAUUUCUUUGUGAUAAACGAAUUUACUGGCUACUGGAGACAAUUUGGCUUCGGAAUAGUUUCAUUGUAUAAAAAAGAUUACUUGAAAAUUGGAGGAUUUAAUUUAUCGAUUAACGGCUGGGGUAGUGAAGAUGUUAACUUCUUUGAAAAAGCUGUGAAUUCUGAUUUAACUGUCUUUAGAGCUCCUGAUUUAGGAUUAGUUCAUAUUUAUCAUAAAGUUGAAUGUGAUCAACAAUUACCUCCAACCCAAUUAUUGAUGUGUCGAGGAACGAGUACUGAAACCCUGGCUAGUGUUUAUACUUUAGCGGAAAUUAUUAAUCGAAGACCAGAAUAUCUGCGGUUUGCCAAAGUCAAACGUUCUAAGUUAUCUCGAAAUGUGGGAAGUUGAUUUGUUUAAUUAAUUACUCAUCGGUUAAAUUGCAUUUACUGAAAGUCAAUAAAUACACUUUGAUAAAUUGAUGCUUAGCCAUAGUAAUUUCUAUCAUUUUUUAAAGAAAACAAAUAUAUAAUAUUAUUUGUGUGUAUUAUUGUGUUAUAAAAAAAUUUAUUUGGAUCAAAAUAUUUAAUAUUGUCAUACUCAAAGUCUAGUGACUAUUUAUUCUUGCUCUAUUAUCAAGAAAAUAUUUAUAAUUCAACAUUACUAUUAUUAUUAUUAUCAUCAUAUUUUAUUAGGAUAGAUUUUUAUUCUGAAUACUGAUAAACUGUGAUUACAAAUAAAUGUUCAGUUGUAUAAAUGAGCAGUAUAACUCACAGAUCCGGCAAUUUAUAGUAAAUGUUAUAAAAAAAUAUAUUUCCCUCAAUUAAUGUUAAUUAAAAUUAAAUCCAAAAGAGUAUAUAUCAUUAAAUAUUGUAUAUUAAAUGAAUUAAUUGUUAAUGAAUAUUGUCAUUAUAAUUAUGACAAUAUAUUAUAUUAUAUAUUUUAUUGAUUGUAAAAGAAGUGCCUUGUCUUGUAAAAAGAGAAAUAAAUAAUUGAAUUUAAAUCGAGAUCUUUUUCGUCUAGUCAAAUCAGCCAUCACUUGAAGGAAACGAGACUUGAUACGAUUUAAUUUUUAUUUCUCUUCAAUUUUUAAUUCAUUUGUAUUAAAAUAUUACAUAGCUAUAUUAAUUAUCGUGAUUGUAAUUAUAAAU